AUGAUGUUCCUGACCGUCUCCCCUCCCCCCUCCUUCUCCCUCUCUUUUCUCCUACUAGUCCUCACUUUUCUCCCUCCUUCCCUCCUUUCCCGUUCACUCUCCCACUCCCCUCUGAGCUGGACUUCUCCCCAUGACCCCUGCUACCACCUGGAUGGGCGUCCGCGACACUGCCUGUCGGAAUUCAUCAAUGCCGCCUACGGUGUCCCAGUCAGUGCCGCCAACUCCCUCCGAGGACCUCCUGACCAAAAUGCUGUUAACGUCAGCUCCGUCACGGACCUCCACAACCCCUACAACCUGACCUGCUGGACAGCCCAGGUGGGAGGCUCCGACGGCGGGGAUUGGGUUCUCACCCUCCCCCUGGGCCGGCGCUUUGAGGUCACUUACAUCAGCCUGCAGUUCUGCCAGCAGGGGGAGCCGUCGGAUCCGGUCUCCGUCUCUUUGCUCAAGUCCAUGGACCACGGGCGCACCUGGAGGCCCAUGCAGCAUUACUCCAGCGACUGCCCCGGGAGGUUUGGGCUCCAGGCCCAGACGGUGGCCAAGACCAGGCACCAGGAGACAGAGCCUCUGUGCUCGGAUCCCCGGCCCCUGCAGAGGCACCGGGGGGGCAUGGUGCUGGCAUUCUCCACCCUGGAUGGAAGGCCCUCCUCUCCAGACUUUGACUACAGCCCCACCCUGCAGGACUGGGUGACGGCCACGGACAUACGGGUGGUCUUCCACCAGGUGACCCAGGGGGCCACCAUUGGAGUCCGUGCCAGGAAGGCGGCCCUGGCCCUCUCGGACCUGCAGGUGGGGGGCAGGUGUAAGUGUAACGGGCAUGCCUCACGGUGUCGUCAUGACGACGCGGACCGGGCGGUGUGUGUGUGUGAGCACCACACAGCGGGGGCAGACUGCGACGUAUGUGAGGACUUCUACUACGACAGGCCCUGGCAACGAGCCACGCCCAGUCAGCCACACCCGUGCGUCCCAUGUGAGUGUAACGGCCACUCCUCUAAGUGUCGGUUCAGCAUGGAGGUGUUCCAGCAGUCGGGCCGGCGCAGCGGGGGGGUAUGUCUGAAGUGUCGGCAUCACACAGCGGGACGUCACUGCCAGUACUGCCAGAACGGACACACCCGGGACCACGGCAAGCUACCCAACCACCACAAGGCUUGCCAAUCGUGUCUGUGUCACCCUAUGGGUGCUGUGGGCCGCUGGUGUAACCAGACAUCAGGACAGUGUUUGUGUCGGGAUGGGGUAACGGGUUUGAAGUGCAACCGCUGCGCCCUUGGCUACAAACAGGGGCGCUCCCCCCUCCGGCCCUGCAUCCGAAUCCAGGAGGUUGCAACCCCCACCACACCUGUGUACCAACCCCAGUACAGUGUAGAUGAGGAGUGUGUAUCGUAUUGCCAGCCAUCGCUGGUUAAAGUGAGGAUGAACCUGGAGACGUACUGUCUAAAGGACUUUGUCCUGAAGCUACAGGUCAGAGGGAUGGAGCGUUCAGGCCCCUGGUGGCAGUUCUCCGUCUGGAUCCAGACCGUGUUCCGUACGGGUUCUUCCUCCCGUGUUCGCAGGGGCCCUCAGGCACUGUGGGUUCCCGACCGUGACCUUGGCUGCGGCUGCCCCGCCCUCCAGGUGGGCCGCACCUUCCUGCUGAUCGGGGCCGAGGGGGGGAGGCGGAACUGGGGCCCCGAGGAGCGACGGCUGGUCGCCGAUAGAUCCACACUGGCUCUCCAGUGGAGGGAGCACUGGAAUCCCAAACUGAGAGGGUUUAGGGGGCAGGACAAGAGGGGCCGCUGCCCCCCAAAAUUGCCCGGGGGUGGGGACCCUUAUGGGGGCCACUCGAAGCACCAUUACUCAGAGUACACCCCACCUCACCUUGUGACAGAGAAAGAGACAGAGGUCAAGGUGCACCCACACAAACAUUCACAUUCACACACACCCUCAGACUCUGUGAAAGACAUGGAAGAGGAGGCAGAGAACUCUGUGGCGUUGGACACAAACAACACUCAUACACAGUCCUCCUCACACCACAGACCUGGACCAUCACAAUCCCAGGAACAGCAACAGGAGCAGACUCCAUCCACCUCCACACCCAGUCUUGUAUGUUCAACCCAGACCCCUGUCUGA